AUGCCGUCUAACAAGAAACGGUUGUACAUCGCGCUGUACCCCAGUGGUACAGUAAAUAAUGAGGAACGCAAAUACCACUGGGCUUUCCUGAUCGGACCUAAAGAGGAACGCAACGAUGUCGUACCAGGCAAGCAUUGUCAUGUCAAAAACUCUCCUUUUGGUUGGGUUUAUGAAGGGGUUAAAAUUAAGAAUGUCCGAAAUACCGACAACCUCUUAGCGCGCAUUGUCAUUGCCAAGGUUGAAGACGAGGAGCGUCUGCUUAACCUUUUUCGACACCUCCCAGUUGUGCAGGGCAAUCCAGAGUGGAGGUGUCGCACGUGGAUCGCGAGCGCGCUUGCCGAGAUUGCGAAGGAUGGGGAGUGUGUUGGCACCGCAGAGCUGGAUUGGGAGAAAAUCGAGGCAAUUGCGAGGGAGUACGUAGGUGAGAAGACUGCCGGUGGUCGCUACGAAUCUGCUGCAGAUAUAAUGCAACCAAAGCCUACCUGGGAUAUGCUUGAGAACAAGGAAAGUGUAUCCUAG